AUGUCCCUCCUCAUCCGUCUUGCUGGCGUUCUCUCUAAGACAUCGGGCUUGUAAGUUCGGGUUUUCAACAUCGUGAGACCGCGCGAAUAAUGCUGUUGCCUCGAUUCAUCGCGGCUGCACUGGCAUUGCGGCAAACCAUUACUGUACUGCCUGACAGUUAUUGUCAACCAGACUGUCGUAAGAAUACCCUUUCCAUCCAGGCUUCUAAGUGUUAAACCCGGAGCUUGGGACUGUAGUCGUCGUGGAACCUUCAGCUAAUUCCCUUUCAGCUGCAUGUUUCUCUAAUAUGGUUGCCUUUGACCCGGCGACCUCCUGUGAAAUAGCUUCCCCGUUCCUCACCAACUGUGGGGCAUGUCAAUCAUGUAUUGCAAUAUACGCGAUUCAGAAUGGCAGCUUACCACGGUUAUCCGACUUUCAAAAUACGCUAUCGGCUCAGAUCAGUCGUUGUGAGAAAAGCAACGGCUCAGCACAAGUUUCCGCAAUCGCAUCACAAGUAGCUCGGAUCUCCUCGUGGGAUGUUACCCAAGUUACAGCAACGGCAACGAUCACAACUGCUCCGGCUGCUACUCAAGCUCCAGAUUCUCUGAUAGCAUCUACGGCAGUAGCGCAACCAGAAGCGACGGCGUCUUUCACGAGCACAUCGUCCCCCUCAAGCGAGACAGCGCAAGCAGGCCCCGGUCCCGAAUUGAACCAUUCCUGGAUCGCAGGACCAGUGAUUGGCUCCAUCUUGGGCCUUUCUACUGUCUUCGUCGUAAUAUACUGUACACGCCGAAAGCAACGACGAGAAGAUGAAUGGGAAUUUGGAAACCUCGCACCCAAGGAGGUAAAGGAAGAUGACACCGAGUCUGCCGGUACCAACACAACAAUGGCCCCCCCGCCAGUAGACGACAAUGGAGGGAAGGCACAAUUGCAUAGCGAGUGUAUACCUGUGAGGGAGAUGGAUAACACAGAGGUCAUUCCACCCGCUGAAUUACCGGCUCUUGAGCCGGUGGGACAGGAAAUGUUGAGUCCAAGAGGGGAGGCGGGAAGUGACAAGGAGUGGCCACUGCCUAUUUCGCCAUUGCCUGCCUUAUUUGCGAUGACUGAGAUUAGAGACGAAAGAAUGGGGGUGGGCGAGGAGCCGAGACACAAGACCUUCUACAAUCCUUGAAAAGAAGCAACGGAAGGAGAAACCUAUGAAUAGGGGAUGGUUCAUUGACCGACUGCGUCCGCAAUUCCGAAGAAUUGCGCGAAAUGCCACCACCAGAAGGAGUCCAUUCUGCAUCGGCGGGACUUAUAAUUUGCAAAUCGUCGAACGAGGUUUUAGUGACAUACAGAACACCUCGAGUCGUCAGUCCGAAAAUCAUACGCGAGGGAUACCUCGAGGCCGUUGAGUUUGAGAGCCAUAUUAUGGGCUGAUUGCAGCAUACCUCGCCAAAAGCCCUCAAGAAAAUCGUUGUUACGGAAACUUGGAGUGACAAGGAUGAAGAUUUCCAGACAAUGGGAAAUGGGAACGGAUUCGCACUUGAUCGAGGAUCAAGGUAAUAUAUAUGGGGGUCAUAUCUUGUACGGACAAACAGCGGAUGAUGUCGACAAGUGGGCGAGGAAGGGAUUUGUAAUUAAAUAAUGGACGUCUUGUAUUGAAAAUAUGGGAGGAAACCUUGUCGAAUGGUUGGCGCCAAUCUAAUAAUAUAUGGAAAAGAAGAAAAACAAUAUAUAAUCUGUAACCACUUACA